AAUUAGAAGCAGAAUUGGUCGAAAUAGAAGCUCAGAAUGAGAUAUUACUCUUGUUCGUCAUUUUCUUGGUGUGCCAUUUUUUACUUGGCUAGCCUGCUCCAUUUCCAGGUCACAAAUUGUCAUCGGACGAGUGGGUACUCGCACGAAAGUGAGAUUUCUGGUGAAAAUUCGAAAUGGAUGUCCUCGCUGCCGGACAACGUCCCCCUCUCGUCCCUCUCGCUCCCUGGGACACACGAGUCUCUGUCCCGAGGUCAUGGUGGCGCAAUUGCAGAGUGCCAAACCCUCUCCUUGGAGUCUCAACUGAGAGCAGGUAUCCGUGUGUUGGAUGUUCGUUGUCGACACAUUGAGGACAGUUUUGCCAUUCAUCAUGGGAUGAUAUUUCUGCACAUCAUGUUUGGGGACGUUCUUCAACAAUUGGAAGCAUUUUUGAAGAACAACCCCAGUGAAACUAUCUUGAUGCGAGUGAAGGAAGAAUAUGAGGCAGUCAAUGUUACUGGCACCUUUGAGGAAACGUUUAGCCACUACUACAAUGAAAAUCCUACCCUGUUUUGGCAUACGGACAAUGAAACAGGUGAGAGACCGGAUCCAACGUUGAGGUCUGUCCGUGGAAAAGUCGUGAUUUUGGACAAUUUUUCCUCUACCACGAAAUAUGGGUUGAAUUAUGGAGAUUCUGGACAAUUUAUUAUCCAAGAUGAUUUUAAAUUUUCUACAAAUUGGGACCUCUACGACAAAUGGAUGAAAGUGAAGGAUCAAGUUCGUAACGCGGAUGUGUCGAGACGUUCUGGAGAAAAUAAGUUCUUUCUCAAUUAUCUCUCGGGAUCUUUUGGGUCGUUUCCUUACUUUGUAGCAAGUGGACAUGUAACGUCCGGAACUGGAGAACACCGUCUGAGUACUGGAUUAACAACUCUUACUGCAAGGGACAAAUACCCAGAUUUUCCGAGGCUGGACUGCAUAUUAAAGGUGUGUACGAUUUCCUUUGAAGGGACAAAUGUACUCUUAAUGCAGUUUCUGCAGGAAAGAACCGACAUGAAGUUUGUAGGGAUAAUAAUGGCCGACUUUCCAGGGGACGGUUUAAUUUCUACGAUUAUAUCACUUAAUAAUCGGAAACUGGAGGCAUCACCUUCACUGUGGACGAUAUUAUUUAUUGUUUUGUCUAUUACCGUAUUCAGUCUGACUUUGAUUUUCGUAUUAAUCAAAGCAUUUAAGAUAAGAAAAAAUCGUAACAAUUUAUCCGAAGCAGGGAUCUCGACACAAUUUAACGUAAACAUUGUAACUGCUCGUCUCAAUGAAUGCGAUAUGAAGUAUCAACGCUUUUGACGAAUUUUUGAUUGUAUACCGUAUGCAUAAAUACAUACUUAUUAGCGAAUCAUGUUACCGAUGUAAAGUUUUUUCAUGUACCUUUAUGGGCCUUAAGGCCUACACAAAGGCGGCAAUAAAUCUAAUCUAAUCUAAAUACAUACUUAUUAUAUAUUAGCUUUGAAAACGGUUUUUAGCAUUAUUUAAUAUUUUAUUUCGUGUACAUUUUUUAAAGUAUACUUCGGUGUAAAUCUAUUUAUUGACCCGAGUUAAGGUAGCGUAAAGUUUUUCAGAUUUUGUAUUUCAGAAAUUUUGUAAUCCUUAAUAAAAAAUACAUAAUUGGUGUAAGCA